ACCACCCACUUCACGCGCGCCAUCUUCUAGCUAAUAACCGGGCAGAAUUAAACAUUGUGUAAAACCCUCAGUGCUGUUUGUUUCCACCAAAAUACUCGGUUGUAUUAGCUAUACUGAACAAUGAGUGAUAUUGAGGAUGGAAACUAUGGAGGACGGGUUAUUGAUCGUGAAGGAUUUGAAGAGUUUUAUCCAAGAAUGAUGAAGAAAAUUUUCAAGAUAAAAGAAGGCUAAUGAAAACAUGUACAGAGCAGAACAUAGAAGUGGAAAGGGAGGAAGUGUGACGGAAGAAUGGUGUCAGAUAGAAGCGCUUGCAGUGUAAUGGCUAAAAUGAAACUGGUGUCAAUUUGGGUGAAGAGAGGAAAACAGACCUGGAAUCAGAAAAUGAGAAAACUGAAAAAAGAAGAAUGAAGAAGGAUAGAAAACCUGAGAGAAGGGAGUAGCGUGUAAAGAAUCUGGAAGAAUGAAUGUGUCCCUAGGUUAAGUAAAUAUACUGUUUGUGUCACAAAUGUCUUUUCUUUACUAUGCUCUCAUACUGUAACAUGAAAAUGCAUGUUUUACUUUUCCCUUGAUGACCCAGGUGGACUUGGAUAUAGGCCUGUCAUGUAUAUUUGAUAUAUGUAUAUAUAUGUUUAUUAAUAGGCCACAUUGUAAACAAACACUUAUCUACUGGAAUUAUAAGAUUACUAACCCUUUCCUCCACAGUACUUAAGAUGUACAUUUUAGACAGGUGUACUGUAUGUGUCCAACAUACUCUGCCACAUCUUACUACUAGGCUUGAUAGUUUUGUUGUGUGUAGAAAUACAUGUAUUUGUCCAUGAGAAUGUUGUUAACAUGCUGCUGUGGCAACAGGGGUCACGCUCCCCAUCUAAAUCGGAUCGUGGGAGUCCAGCUCGGGUUAAGUCGGAGAGCAGGUCCGGCUCCCCGAGCCCAGCCCGGGCCUCCAAACGCUCUGAGUCCAGAUCCCACUCUCGGUCAAAAUCUAGGUCUCGUUCUAGGCGGCACUCUAACCGCCGUUAUAGCCGUUCACGCUCUCGGUCCUACUCCCGCCGGAGGAAGUCCCGCUCUCGUUCCUACAGUCCAGAGUACCGCCGCAAGAGGAGCCAGAGCACUUCCCCUAUGUCGAACAGGCGCCGUCACACUGGCAGCAGGAGCAAUGACUUCACAAAAGAAGCAUACAGUCAUGGCGGAGAUGCUGAUGUUAGGGCGAACCCUGACCCCAGCACAUGUUUGGGGGUGUUUGGCUUGAGCCUGUACACCACAGAGCGUGACCUGAGGGAGGUGUUUUCGCGCUACGGUCCUUUGGCGGGGGUCAAUGUGGUGUACGACCAGCGCACGGGUCGCUCCCGUGGCUUCGCCUUUGUUUACUUUGAGAGACUGGAGGAUUCCAAAGAGGCAAUGGAGCGAGCCAAUGGCAUGGAGCUGGACGGGAGGCGCAUCAGAGUGGAUUAUUCCAUCACUAAACGUGCUCAUACCCCCACACCAGGAAUCUACAUGGGCCGACCAACGCACAAUGGCGGCGGAAGCAGCAGCAGCAGCAGCAGCAGGAGGGGGAGAGACUCAUAUUAUGAUCGCGGCUAUGACCGCUACGACAGAUGCGACGAGUAUGACUAUAGGUACAGUCGCAGGCGUUCUCCAUCACCCUACUACAGUCGAUACAGGUCACGCUCACGGUCUCGCUCCUACAGCCCACGGCGAUACUAAGUUCCUUCUCUCAGCGUUCAGCUUCCCUCCGAUAAUUGACGGUGUGCGAUUCAUCAUGGUGUUUCUGAGGGGAACAUUUUGAAUUAGCAUGUCUAUAUCAACAGAACUCUUAAGUUUGAGAUAGUUCUUGUUCACAUGCAAUAGAUGUCUUAAUUUUUAGACGUUUUGAUGCAUCCAUGUUGAGUGUGAGCAAAGAACUCUGCAACUGUUGCUUCAUUCUGUGACUUGCAUCCUUCCUUCCCUCUUCAUUUUCUGCAGCAGCGAUAACCUGUUUUUCCUGUUGAGUGAUGGUUGAAGGGGAAAGUAAACUGGGUUUUAUUACAUAAUGGUGACACUUAAUUUUACACCCUUUUUUUUAAGUAAGUUUAAGAAUCAGCUCAGUGUAUGUGCAGUAAAGAUUACAGAUUAAUCCCAAUGUUACCUAGCACUAACUGAAUUACUGGUAAGUAGCAGGAAAAUCAGGCUGUAAAAUGGAGUGUUACCAGCAAUCAGUGGUCGGUUCUCUGCUCACAUUCAUUUUUAGUCAAGAAAGUCAUUGUUUGAGUUUCUCCAGAGAGUUUUAUUGUCAUUUAUUACAUUUUUUUUAUUGUUUCUUUGUAUGUAAAUACAAAUAUAUGAAAACUUUAAAGUUUGUAAUGCGUUUUUCUGACUUAAUGUGCAUGAAAUUGAAGUUGAGCUUUGGUUGUAAAGGUGGGAGUAAAUGCUUUAAAUUGAGUGGGUGAGGUGGGAAAACGAGCUGGGAGAGUUUCACAGAACAAGACCAGCGCCAAGACAUGAUAAGUGAAUGUUGACGCAAAUUCCAAGUUGUUGAUCUGGAGCCACUAUUGAAAAACCCCAAUAGACUCCAAAAGUUUGAGUUUUUUUUUCUCAUUCAGGUUUCACUACUGAAAACAUGCAAAGAAGGACUUUUACAAGGCCUUUACUGAGUGGCUUUUAUUGCAUGAGAUACAAAGUUCACAUGUAAGAAAACACUGUUAUUCAGAGUGUUCUGUGCCAGUAUGUUUGAGUUCUCGGUAAAUAUUCAAACAACUAAACCGCUUGUGCUUUCCUCAAAAUUCUUCCCAUGGGGCACACUAAAAUUAAGUAACUUUACUGUGACUGUGAUGUACCUCACCUUAACUAUGAGCUUAAUAGAACAUAUACUUGUCUAAAAUAGCCAAUUACAUGCUUUGCAUUAUGAAAACAUGACUAAAUGCUUCCAAGUUUGGUCUACAUGACACAGUGUUACCUGUCACAUGUUCCUGCACAGAACAAGUCCUUGUAGAUUGCAUCAACAUAUCAGUUUUUGUCUAAAAGAGAUACAAGAUCUUGACACAAGUUAAGUGGAUAAUCACAAAAGUAAACCUGGAGGAAUGGAGGGCUCUUUAUCUGUAGACCUUAGCCUCAAUAAUAAGGCACCUCAUUCUAAUCAGGUUAAUAAUCACUGCUGACAUGACAAGGGGCCCCUCAGAGUUACGCGUUCAUUCACACCGACUUAGAUAAUUCUUAAGGUUCCAAGGUAACGCUCGCUAGAAGGUUACAAGGGUCAAAGUAUGAGGUCUUUCUCAAUAAAGGUUCAACACUCCAA